AUGGCACCACGCAGCAAGAUCACCAAAAGGCUCUACCGCCGCCUUCGGGAGCGUCAAAUUCUUGACAUUCCCUUGACGGCACCAGGAUGCGUUGAGAUCAAGUCAUAUCUCAAAAACCAUUCCCGAUGUGCUCAUGUGCUGGUUGAGGGCACGCCAGAGCCUCUCCACAUAUCAACUGCCACAACACUAUCUUCAGAUAUACCACUUUUCCUCACUUCACAGGUCCAAGCACAAAAAGCUAUUGCUGACGACUCUAGACCUUCUGUCCAGCUUUCUGCGAUCCUCCAUUUCGCCUCCCAGCAUCUGGCACGAGUGCCCACCAAGACUGGCUUCUAUCCGACACUGUUCCAUUGGAAAGGCCAGGACACGCGACGCAGCUACUGUCUGUUUGCCUACCUCACCACAGAGAUGGCUCGCUACAAGUACACAGCGGACGAGCUUCUCCAGCUCAGGUGCUCCCAGCCAUCGCAAGUCUUGUUGGACAGAGUGAAACUCAAUCCCGAUCUUGGUAAGCUCCUACCUCGUUUCAAGUGGCUAGCCAAUCUAUCCAUCUUUUGCUCAGUGGCUGACGUGCUGCUGACGCUCCUCGAAGAUGUCCUCAAGCAACACACCAUACACACCGUUCAGCCGCGCCGCCUGAAAAAAGCAAAGGAUGAGGCGAUGUCUUCAACUGACAGCGAGGAGCAUAUCGUGUUCCAAGGCAAGAAGCAAGGCCGUCAGCCCAUCGGCAAUUCGGACGGCCAGACCGAGUGGAAGUACAUGGCUCGUUCUGCUUCGGAGCGUACUUCCAACGAGCCCGUUGCCGCUCCUACGGGUCUCGAUGCGCAGCAGAAUGAGGGGUUCCAGCGAUUCUUCAAGGCAGUAGUCUCCCCUACACACGUUCGAGUCACUGCCGGCGGUCGAAUCGUUCCCAACACACGAAGUGCCACAUCUCCGACCGCGAAGUGGGACAAGGAACGGUCUACAGUCGAGAGCGACAAUGUCAGGACCGCCAAGCCAGCUUCUUCCGAGAACACUGCGGCUUCCAAUGGCCAGCCGACAGUCCCUCCCUUUCCUUCAAUGAUGAUGCCACCGAUGACCCCAGCCAUGUAUCCCGGUUUCCAUCCGAUGCUGCCACCCUUGGGUGCGCCAAUGCCCUUCUUUCCUAUUCCUCACGGCAUGCCUAUACCGUACGGCGUGCCUCAGCCUAAUCCUCAGCCUAUUUCUGGCAUGAGUGCUGCGGUCCAAAACCCAGUAUCUCAGGAUAAGCAGGAUGAGAACGCAAAGGCGAUGCAGCCGGAGGCUACACAGGAGGCCACCAAGACAAAGCCAGCCCCUCUCAAGAUCUCGCCUCCUGACCAGUUCGACCAUUCACGCCCUUACUUCUUCAACGGCAACGUCUUCUACCCUGGCUGCUCUCCUUUGCCGAUACAAAGUCAAGCGACGCCACUCACUCCAAGCCCAUACCUUGGUGGCUUCGUCAACCCAGCCAUUGCUCGCUUUGGCGGGUUUGGACAGCCGUCUCCCAUGCUGCCCCUGUCAAGCCCCAAUGGUCUGGCAUCUCCAGCUUUCUCGUCCUCACUCAUGGCUGGAGCACCGCACCCGUUGCUGCAGUCCACCCAGCCCACUCUCAAACCGGCUGGGGUGAUGGCGACCUCAACCGCGCCCAAGCCGCCUAUCACUUCAAUCAAGCCAAGCGACAUCACGAAGAGCCAAUUGUCUUCGCUUCGGUCACAGCUAAAGUACUAUGAUGAUCAGAUGCAGUACAACAAGCACCAAAUUGACGAGAAGGCAACACUGGAUCAGAUGCAGACUAUCAGCAGACUGAUUGCGCAGUUCGAAAACAACUACCAGGCGCAGAUCAACGUCGAGAAGACCUUGUACCCGAACGGUGAGACUGGACGACCGGCCACAGCUGGGUUGGAGUCAACUCACUGCAAAACCCCAUCCACCCCUACGCUGAAGGACGAUGAUGGCAAAUCGCAGACGGGUUCGAUCAAGUCUGCCAAGCGCAGCUACCCAGCGCUGAACCACACGCAGUCCAUGGACCAGAUUCGACACAAGACCGUCAAAGAUUUGCGUCAACGAGCUGGUAUCAACUCUUCUAAGGGGAAUGAUACCACCUCGGCCCUGGGCGCACUUGAAGCGCACAUCCAGCAGAAACGCUUGGCAGACCCGUCCAAGAAGCCUACGCUGCCUACUCGUGCUGCCAUGGCUCCCGUGUUUGAGCCGAGCGGUACGGCACCCACUUUGCCCUCCAAUGCACCCGGCGAUUUGGGUUCGGUCAUGGACGCCCGCCAAACCAGCAACUCUCUGUGGGAGCACUCCAGAAUGCCGUCCCUCAGCCCGUCGGGAUUGUGGACUGGCACGAACAACGCCAGCGCAGUACUCCCCAGCCACGCACCUCGCACGGCCGUCAGUAAGCUUUCGACGCCGUACCUAGUCGGUAAGCUGCCUCAAGGAGUCAACCCUUCCUCUGCUCGUGCAAAUGACUACGUGUAUUCUCGAGAGCUCACCGAGGAGGAGAAACGUGCCCGACACGUGUACUGGGGUGGCGUCUCAAGCCAAGGUUCAGGUCUGCCAAAGUUCGAUGGCAAAGAUUUCUACCCAGCUUCGCCUAUGAAGGCGCAAGCCAAGGGAGAUAGCAAGAUCCAUGUGGCAUCGAAGUGGAAGCCCGACCCAAUCCCGACUGGCAAUGCAGAAGUAGAAUAUGACCAGGAGGUGCUCAAGAAGUCGGAUGACCCUUUCCGCUCAUACCGUGAUGCAGAGAGUAUCCGUUCAACGAAGAGCUCCAGGAAGCUGAGCCGUGCGGUGCCGAUUAUCAACCCCGAUACUGGCGCCCGCGAAGAGAUCAACACGGCAAUCAGGACUACUAAGCGCACCGGCUCUCCAGCCACAGCUGGCUCUGGGGACUUACGCAUGCCUCCUCGGGAUACUCAGUCGUCCCCGGCUGAGACUGCAGUCGUUCCUACCAGCGAGAAGAAGCUUUCCGCGGCCAGUCGUCGUACUCUGAAUCGAUCAAGCAAGGGAUCAAGCAACGAUCUUUGGCAGAGUAUGAUGAAAAAGGGGUCGACAAGUGGCAGUGCUGUUCCGAGUGAGAUCUCCUCUACUACAGCCACCGGAUACCUCCCACAGGCACUUGGCAAUGCCGCAGCUUCUCUCUCGCCUGCCGUAACCAACGUCAACGGCUCGCCCCGAGCUGCAUCGGGUGGCAAGGCCAACCAGGACAUUGUGGCCCAGCACUGCCCGACUGAGAAGAUGGGAGAGAACCGCCCUCCGCGCGAGCUCUCUUCCCACGCCGACAUCAUCGCUGAUCUGCACCAGCGAAUGCUUCGCGAUGCCGAACGACGCGGCGUUAUUGGCCCCGGCUGGCAGUGA